CAUUCCCGAAAAAUCAGAUAAGAUGAUGUUAGGUUUUGGGGGUAUUUGAAUUAUUCAUUUACAAGUGUGUGUAUACUGGCACGUGAUAAAUUAUGUCAAAUAUGUUACGUGGGAAGGCAACACUACUCUUCUUUGCAUCUAUUAUGUUUAUAAAGGAUGGUUUAUUUACAUUUAUUGUUCUAAUCUUUUACAUUCCAGCAUGGAUGAAGAAGGGGUGGUGCAUCGCAUUGUUGAUGAGGCAGUGGAUGAGGAGACAUUGGCAAAUUAUAUCUUUUGUCACAGAGCGUUGUGGCACAGUGGAGGAUUUUGGUCUUACAUAACGCUAGUCUGGUUGUUUCCGGAAGAAAAUAUUGGGAUAUUUAUUAGUACAAAUGGAGGAAUGUUAGAGGAUUACCAGUACACAUCCUUGACUACAACUAUGUACUACCUGGCAGACUUAUUACUGGACAAAGAACCAUGGUUGAACUCUUCAACUGCCUGCUCCUUUCCCGAACCCUGGAAAGACGAGACAGAUUCGAGGUUGACGGAAAUUUCUGCUUUUUUACCGGACAUUUCCGAGUACACCGGAAUCUACGGAAAUGAGUUUCAACCAGAGUUCAUAUUAACUGUGAAUGGAAGUUCACAAACGCAGCUGAACUUCGAAUCAGGAAGACUCGGGGGAAAUCUCUAUUCAACCCAAGACAAAGAUCGAUUCUUGAUGGAGAUAACAUACCCGUGGGAACUUUACGUUCCGCUGAUGGACCAUAACAACGUUACGACAAAAACAAACGUCACCUUUGUUCGCGAAGCUGGAACAGUGACAUCAAUGAACAUAAACAUUAGCACCAAUAUAACAUUUACAAAAGGUGUUUCCAUGUUAGACGUUAUUUCCCGAAACACUAACGGAAGUAGGAGGUUAUUUAGCGCAGCUUGGUGCAGGUACACAGCAAUUAGUCUCCAAGUCUUCGAAUCAGCAAUUGCCAUGCAUCAGUAUUUCGACACCAGUGCAGUGGACCAGGGCUACCACGAGUUCUGCCGCAAGCGAGCAAUUUACGUUUUCCACGAUGCUAGUAAUGUCGGUCAGCCGGGCAACCAGACAAUGGUUCCGACAAGCGUUGGGACCUCCGCACCGCUAGCAGGGUAG